AUGGCGGCGCCCAGGCGCGGCGUGGCUACGGGCAAGAUGAAGCGGCCGGCGGCUGCCCGCCCUCGCCGCGGUGGAAAGCUGGAUAGGUUGCGGCAUGCGGUGCAGGAGUUCGUGCAGGCGGCCAGCGACCAGCCGCAGCUGUCCCUGCUGAAAAGCUCGGAGAGGCAGAACCACAGGAAUCGCCGAGAGGCGAGGAAGGAGAAGCGCAGGCUCAAGCGGAGCCGCCGCCGCCGCCUCCAACGCGGGGAGGUAGUGGAGGCCCCCGUUGCUCCGACCAAGCCGGCUCCGACCAAGCCGGCCACGACGAAGCCAGCUGCCGCCGCCGCCCGUCCGAGAACCCCGGCCUCGCCCGCCGCCCCCGUCGGAAAACAGCGGCCGGGGCCGCCGCGGCAGCAGGAGGCAGCGCGGCCGUCAGUGCCGGCACCGACACCCCGCACGGCCUCCUCCGCCGCCGCGGCCGCCUCGGCGCGGAAGCGGGCCCUGCUAGAGGCCAACGAGGAGGAGGAGGAGGAGAUCCGGCGCCUGGAGCGGCGGCUGGGGCUCAGCAAGCGCCGUAAGAAGCAGGACGGGUCCGCGGUGGAGAGGGUUCCUCAGAGCUUCCUGCGGGAUGGGCUGGGCUACGUGCUGGGCGCCCUGGGCUCCCGGGCCGGCCUCAGCACAUUGUGCGAGAGCAGCGACGACGAGGAGGCACCAGACAGCCAGCCGGGGCCGCAAAAGAGCCAGCCGGGACCGCGGGAGGAGGAGGACGACGAGGACGAAGAGGAGCCGGAGAACGCCUCGAACCCCUCCGAGGGGGAUGAUGUGGAAGGACAGUGGGAGAACGAGAGCUCGUCCCCCGAGGACGGCGGGGUGCCUGGGGCCAGCGAGCCCUCGAGCGAGCAGGAGGAGGAGGAGGAGGAGAAGAGUCAUAAUCACAGUGCUACAAAGUAUGUUCCACCUCAAAUAAGGAAAGCUCAGGAGACACUAGAUGACAAGAGAAGAGAAGAAUUGGGAAGACUGAAAAAAAUGGUGAAUGGUCUCAUUAAUAGGCUGAGUGAACCAAAUUUGUCCUCUAUUAGUGGACAGAUGGAAGAGCUCUACAUGGCCAACAGCAGAAAGGACAUGAAUGAAACUCUGACAGAUAUUCUCAUGAAUGCUUGUGUUACUCCAGCUGCCAUGCCUGCAAGACUGAUGAUGGAGCAUGUUCUUUUGGUCAGCAUUCUUCAUCAUAAUGUAGGAAUUGAGGUUGGUGCUCACUUUUUGGAAGCUGUUGUGAAGAAAUUUGAUGAACUCUGUAAAAGUGAUGCUGAAGGGAAAGAAUGUGAAAAUUUGCUUGCCUUGAUUGCUCAUCUCUAUAACUUCCACGUGGUUCAUUCCCUGCUCAUCUUUGAUAUUCUGAAAAAGCUUGUUAGCACUUUCACUGAAAAAGAGAUCGAGUUGAUUUUGUUUCUUCUGAAAAACGUGGGCUUUUCUUUACGAAAAGAUGAUGCAUUGGCUUUGAAGGAACUGAUCACUGAAGCCCAGAGGAAAGCAAACACAGCAGAGAAGAAACUCCAGGAUCAGGCUAGGGUUCGUUUUAUGCUGGAGACUAUGUUGGCACUCAGGAAUAAUGACAUGCGCAAGAUUCCUGGGUAUGAUCCUGAACCCGUUGAAAGACUUCGCAAAUUGCAGCGAUCACUGGUUCACAGCAGUGGUUCUGGAAAAGAAACGCAGCUGCGUGUCUCCCUGGAAUCUCUGCUCAGUGCUGAUCAGGUUGGUCGCUGGUGGAUCAUAGGGUCAUCCUGGAGUGGAGCACCAAUGAUCAAUGAUAAAACCAGCAAGACUCAGCAAAAACUGCCUGUAGGAAAGGUCAGUUCAAAGAUAAUGGAGCUUGCUCGUAAGCUGAGAAUGAACACUGAUAUCAGGAGAAGUAUUUUUUGUGUCUUGAUGACAAGUGAAGACUUCCUGGAUGCCUUUGAAAAGCUUCUCAAGCUUGGACUGAAAGAUCAGCAGGAAAGAGAAAUUGUUCAUGUUAUCAUUUACUGCUGCUUGCAGGAGAAGACGUACAACCCAUUCUAUGCAUUUUUGGCUAACAAGUUUUGUGAAUAUGAAAGACGAUUCCAGGUGACGUUUCAGUUUAGUAUUUGGGACAAAAUCAAAGACUUAGAAAACCUGUCAGUCACUGCCAUCUCUAACUUGGUUUCACUGUUGGCUCACUUAUUAAGGACAAAAUCCUUGCCACUUUCAGUUCUCAAGGUAAUUGAGUUCAGUGAACUAGAUAAACCCAAGGUCCGCUUCUUGCGACGAGUGUUAAGCAUGCUGUUAAUCAAAACAGAUGCUGAAGAACUUAAUGACAUUUUCCUGAGGGUAUCUGACAAUCCCAAACUGGGAAUACUACGGGAAAGCUUGAAACUCUUCCUUAACCACUUCUUACUGAAAAACAUGCAAACCCAGAAAAGUCCUGAAGAAGCUAGCUUAUUAAAAGAAAGGAUUGAACUAGCAACCAAGGCUUUGCAAGCAAAAGAAUCCAAGUUGAAGCUAUAG